UUGAAGGGGAAAACUGGAUGGUUUCCUGCAAACUAUGCGGAGAAAAUACCUGAAAAUGAAGUUCCAGCUUCUGUAAAGCCAGCAGUUGAAGCGGCUGCUGCACCUAAAGUUUCUGUGCAUGAAACCACUACAUCGCUAGGAACUCCUGCUUCUACAGAGUGUACUACAACUGCCAAUAACUGGGCAGACUUCAGUUCAACAUGGCCAACAAACACUAGUGAGAAACCAGAGACUGAUAACUGGGAUGCCUGGGCACCUCAGCCAUCUUUGACUGUUCCCAGUGCAGGGCAGAUGCGGCAGCGAUCAGCCUUCACUCCUGCCACUGUUACAGGAUCAUCUCCCUCUCCUGUCUUGGGUCAGGGUGAAAAAGUGGAGGGGCUUCAAGCACAGGCUUUGUAUCCUUGGAGAGCGAAAAAAGACAACCACCUUAAUUUCAACAAAAAUGAUAUCAUCACAGUUUUGGAGCAGCAAGAUAUGUGGUGGUUUGGAGAGGUUCAAGGACAAAAGGGGUGGUUUCCUAAAUCGUAUGUGAAGCUUAUUUCAGGCCCCAUUAGGAAGUCAACAAGCAUGGAUUCUGGUUCCUCAGAAAGUCCUGCUAGUCUGAAAAGAGUAGCAUCACCAGCAACAAAAGCAACCAUGUCAGGUGAAGAGUAUAUUGCUAUGUAUACUUAUGAGAGUUCUGAACAAGGAGACCUAACUUUUCAACAAGGUGAUAUGAUUCUUGUGACCAAGAAAGAUGGCGACUGGUGGACAGGAACACUGGGUGAUAAAUCAGGAGUUUUCCCAUCUAAUUAUGUGAGACUCAAAGAUUCUGAGGUAGACACCUCAGCUGGAAAAACAGGAAGCUUAGGGAAGAAACCUGAGAUUGCCCAAGUUAUUGCCUCUUACACAGCAACGGGUCCAGAACAGCUUACUCUUGCUCCUGGUCAAUUGAUUCUUAUCAGAAAGAAGAAUCCAGGUGGCUGGUGGGAAGGAGAACUGCAAGCACGAGGGAAAAAACGACAGAUAGGAUGGUUCCCUGCUAAUUACGUAAAACUUCUGAGCCCUGGUACCAGUAAAACUACACCAACUGAGCUACCUAAAUCAACAGCAUUACCUUCAGUGUGCCAAGUAAUUGGCAUGUAUGACUACACUGCACAGAAUGAUGAUGAGCUAGCGUUCAAUAAAGGCCAGAUUAUAAACGUCCUUAACAAGGAAGACCCAGACUGGUGGAAAGGGGAGGUGAAUGGACAAGUGGGUCUCUUUCCAUCCAACUACGUGAAGCUGACAACAGACAUGGACCCAAGCCAGCAAUGGUGUGCAGACUUGCAUCUUCUGGAUAUGUUGACGCCUACUGAAAGAAAAAGGCAGGGAUACAUCCACGAGCUCAUUGUCACGGAAGAGAACUAUGUAAACGAUCUGCAGUUGGUCACAGAGAUCUUCCAGAAACCACUAAUGGAAUCUGAGCUGCUAACAGAAAAAGAAGUUGCUAUGAUUUUUGUUAAUUGGAAGGAGCUGAUUAUGUGCAAUAUAAAACUACUGAAGGCUUUGCGUGUGCGUAAGAAGAUGUCUGGAGAGAAGAUGCCAGUGAAAAUGAUUGGUGACAUCCUGACAGCUCAGCUGCCACACAUGCAGCCUUACAUUCGGUUCUGUAGCUGCCAGCUCAAUGGGGCAGCGCUCAUCCAGCAGAAGACAGAUGAAGUCCCUGAGUUCAAGGAGUUUGUUAAAAGGUUAGCAAUGGAUCCUCGCUGUAAAGGAAUGCCACUAUCAAGUUUUCUACUAAAGCCUAUGCAACGGGUAACAAGAUACCCACUAAUAAUUAAAAAUAUAAUAGAAAACACUCCUGAAAACCACCCUGACCACAGUCACUUGAAGCAUGCUCUUGAGAAAGCAGAAGAAUUAUGUUCUCAAGUAAAUGAAGGCGUGCGGGAGAAGGAAAAUUCAGAUAGGCUGGAGUGGAUCCAGGCUCACGUUCAGUGUGAAGGCCUGUCGGAGCAACUCGUAUUUAAUUCUGUUACAAACUGCUUGGGACCACGAAAGUUUCUGCACAGUGGAAAACUUUAUAAAGCCAAGAGUAACAAGGAACUGUAUGGCUUUCUGUUCAACGAUUUCCUCCUCCUAACUCAGAUCAUAAAACCUCUUGGCUCUUCUGGCACAGACAAGGUCUUCAGCCCCAAGUCUAAUCUGCAGUACAAAAUGUACAAAACUCCCAUUUUUCUCAAUGAGGUACUAGUAAAAUUGCCCACAGACCCUUCUGGAGAUGAGCCCAUCUUCCACAUCUCCCACAUUGAUAGAGUCUAUACGCUCCGGGCUGAAAGCAUUAAUGAAAGGACUGCCUGGGUUCAGAAGAUCAAAGCCGCUUCAGAACUUUACAUAGAGACUGAAAAGAAGAAGAGAGAAAAGGCCUACUUAGUUCGCUCGCAAAGAGCAACAGGCAUUGGGAGGUUGAUGGUGAAUAUUGUUGAAGGCAUUGAACUAAAACCUUGCAGGUCCCAUGGAAAGAGUAACCCCUACUGUGAGGUGACAAUGGGCUCUCAGUGCCACAUUACCAAGACGAUACAGGACACCCUCAACCCAAAGUGGAACUCCAACUGCCAGUUCUUUAUCAAAGACCUCGAGCAGGACGUGCUCUGCAUUACGGUGUUCGAGAGGGACCAGUUCUCCCCAGAUGACUUUUUGGGCAGAACAGAGAUCCGUGUGGCAGACAUUAAGAAGGAUCAGGGUUCAAAGGGACCAGUUACAAAGUGUCUCCUUCUGCAUGAAGUCCCAACAGGAGAGAUAGUCGUCCGACUAGACCUGCAAUUGUUCGAUGAGCCUUAGAAGGAAAGGGACCAGUGUUUUCUUUCAGUCUGAGUUCACUGCAAUAGAUGUCUGCGGAAGCUGUCACAAAGUCCUUACCGGUGUGGUAUGAAACUACUGCUUGCCCUUCACACGUAAGAGGGUUAUCAAAGCAAACAGGAGCAUCUUUGUGCCUUGAUAAUUCUCACUGAAAAAUGAAUCCCAAUUUAGUGAGGAGAUCUCCUGCCAUUUCUCUAUGUGGAACUUGACGUUAGUUUCCUGGGUUUAUGAAAUAACCUAGUUGUUCGUUGUGCUCCAGUCUGAAAGGCUGGCAAACCACAUAGGUUGCUGUGCUUGCUCCAGUUACCCUGCUCUUUAAUGUACACGAAGGCGGCAAUGUUGGUACGUUUUGGAGGCUUUCUGCAGGGUUUUCCCCCUUAAGGAAUUCUGUGCCUAUUGCUCAGCAAAAUGGUGUGUAAAUGUAAUGUGAACGGAAGGAGCAGUUACGCAGUAAGAAGAUCUUUGAAGAUCUUCAUGAUGGUACUGAAAAGACUUAGAAAAUAAAUAGUCUAUAUCUAUA